AAAUUUAACUCAAUUUUCAAUCAGUUGAAAUAUUUUCAUGUUUGCCAGCCAGGGCUCCCUCCGUGCCUGGGUCAUGACCUGUUUGAAGGGGUUGUUUCAUUUGAUCUUGCUAUGUACAUUAAGCACUUAGUGACAGUGGGCAAACACUUUACCUAUGGUCAACUGAAUCGGACUAUAUCACAGUUCACAUACCUAGGCAGUGAUGCAAAUAACAAGCCAUGUGAGGUUAAAACUAAUGCGGAGAAGCUGGGAGGACAUGCUGCUCAAAACUGGUGCCUCUUACGUCUCUUUCCUAUUCUGGUUGGAGACCGAAUCAAAAAUCCACUUGAUGAUGAGGUGUGGCAGUUGUGCUUAAAGCUCAGAGAAAUUGUGGAUUUGAUAUGUGCACCCAAGAUCCAUACCAACCAAGUAGCAUACCUUAAGAUUCUCAUUGAGGAAUACAUCCAGCUAAGAACUGCCACAUUCCCAGAAAAGACACUUAAACCCAAACACCACUAUCUUGUCCAUUACCCAGAACUCAUUCUUCAGUUUGGUCCCCUCAUUAGGUUGUGGACAUUGCGCUUUGAAAGCAAGCACUCAUAUUUUAAGCAGUGUGCAAGGAAACUGCAUAACUUUAAAAACCUCUGCAGUACCUUAGCAGAAAGACACCAGUUGCUACAAGCAUAUUUACAUGCUGGUAACUUAUUUCCUCCAACUCUGCAAAUGGGCCAACCAAGUAAAUUCGAUGACCAACUGUACCAGAUUGGCAUUCAGAGAGCUAUCAGUCUCAAGGGUCUCCGCCCAGAAGACACUACUGAAACACCCUCUGUCACUUUCAAAGGCACUCUGUACAAAAGAGGCAUGACUGUUGUAGUGGACCAAAAUGACACAGGGUAUCUACUUGGGAAAAUACUGUUGAUACUGGUAAACGAGGCAAACGUACAUUUUGUUGUCCAGCAGUAUCAGUCUGUGCCUGUUGUGGAUCUUGGUGUUUAUUGCUUACAAAGCAACUCAGAAGCACAAUAUCAGUGUUUGACUGUAGAGAAUCUUGCAGAUUAUUACCCUCUUUCUGUAUAUAAUCAAUUUGGUCUUAAUCUUGUUGCUCUGCAUCAUUCUGUGUUUCAGAAGAAUGAGUAAUGGACUCCAUUGAGAAGGCAAUACAGGCCGUGCUACCACAGCUAGAUGAAGCAAAGCUUGAAACUUUAGUCAAUGAGUUGGUGAAAGUAGGUGUUGAAGGACCAGAUGAUCUGCAGUUUAUUCAAGAAGAUGACAUCAAACAUCUGCUCACACCCAUUCAGUGCAGAAAAAUUAUUCAUUCCUUGAAAGUGUGUAAUGCAGGUCCUUCAAAUCCCCAGCUGAGCCCUUCAUCGUCUGAGCCACUGUCAGUUGCCUAUUCCAGCACAUGCCCCAUAUCAUCUAUAAGUCCCAUCUCUGCAUGGGUGAACAGUUUUGAGGUGCCAUGGAACAAAGUGAGGCUGACUCUUAGAAGAGCAGUAGAUGCUGGUGAGAGGCCAGCUCCGGAUGACCGCAGACACUUGAUAAAAGUCACUGUUGAUGCGAUGAGAGAGCGUUCCUUGAACCCUACUCGCAGAGAGUGUGUGGUAGUGGCUAAAGCUAUAACUCAAAAAUAUCCAAAUAGCUUUUUAGACAAAAAUGAAGAGGGGGAGCUAAUUGGGUGUGGGUAUUUCAGCGUUAUAAAUCAGCUCAAAACCAGAGUAGAAUAUUUGAAUCGAGGCAACUCUCUUUCCCGUCUGAGGAAGCACAAACGCACCCAGAGAGAUGAUGAGGAUGGUGAUGAUGACCAGCCAGCAGUAGCUACAUGUGCAAGAAUCGACAGUUAUGGGUGUGUUCGUUGGCAGCCAGCGGACUAUCCAGAUGGGGAAACAUCAGCAUCAUUAGAGGAAAAGAAGCUUGAGAUGAUUGAUAUAUUCAGCCGAGAGGGACUAAAGGGCGCUGAGAGAGGAAGGGUAGAAGACCUAAUGGCAAUCACUUAUGCCAAACAGCGGGAAUACAUCAACACAAAACCUUCCCCAAGCAUUCUGGAUGUGGGUAAAGAGUGGCCAUUUCUCUUUUCACAGAAGUUUUUAUUGUCACACUUCACCACUCUCACCAAUGUUGAACUAUACACAAGACUGAAUGAAGAUAUGGACAAAAAGGGUAAAAGACUCCUGGAUUUCUUCAGUAGUCAGAUUACAAAGUGGAGGAAAGAAGUAAGAGCUGUUCUGAAGGAAGCCAUAAAGAAGGACCGAGAAGGAUCUGAUGGCCUAGCAGCGAUGCUUGUGAUGUUGGCACACUUCAAAGAGCAAGAGGAGUCACUUUUUCUCAUUGCUGAUGAGACUACCACUCCCGCAGACGCAGAGGCCCAGCUGUCUCUCCCAGUCACUCCAAGGAUCAUCAUGCUUGGAGAGACAAUCCUGACUGCAAAAAAAUGGAUGCUGUCGAUCGAGGGGAGGGUCGUAAUCCCACCUGGUGCUCACAUGGCAGACUUCACCACUGCCUUGGCCGCUCUCUUCGCCUGUUACUAUGUAUUCAACCUAGAGUAUCAGGUGGAAGCCAGCACAACACUGGAGUUUGUUCAGAGGUUUUUAGUCAGGAUUAAUCCUGACUCCAACAAGUGCACUGCCAAGGAGCAGAUGAGCAAGACGACUGGGAGAGUGGUGAAGCGGAAGACUUCAUACAUGAACCCCCUUGUAAUCUCCUUCAUCAGGGACUUCACGGAGUUCUAUUUGCUAACUGACUAGAUACAGGUGAGGUUCUGAUAAUAGCUUUAAUAAUAAUUAUAAUACAAUUAAUAAUAUAGGUAUCUGUGGGUUCAAUAUAAUUAAUCAUAAUUUGAUAAUAAUAAUAAUAAUAAUAAUUAUUAGGAAUGCACCAAUACUGGUAUCGAUAUCGGGCCGAUACUAAGCUCAAUGUUCUCGUACUCGUAAAAAUGAUUUUUUUUACUCCGAUACCAACAACCGAUACCAGGCGUGUAAAUAGUGUUUGUGUUUAGAAAAAGAAACACUGACAACAGAGGGUAUAAUGGGGAUAAAAAAGGCAGUAUAUGAAGUAAAUCUAUCUUACUAGUGAAAUAUUAAACGAAAUAUAGUAACACACAUUGCUUUGGUGCGCGAGCUGAUAAGAGAAAAACGUGCUGUGGCUUGAGCGUGCAGCGGGACAGACGCGUGAGCUAGUUGAGCGCAUCCAUUUAUCCAAACGUCAUUGGAAAGUUUGUAGUUCAGUCAGAUGUAAAUGGCAAAGAAAGUCAAACAAGACAAUGUAGCUUAUCAACGUUAACUGACGAGAGAGAGAGACUUGUUGAUUGCUCUUGAUUGACUAAAUCAUAUAUGUAAGUAAAACAUAAACUGUUACCUUAUUUAUUAGGGCUGGGUAAAAAAAUAUAGAUUUUUUUAUUUUAAUUGAUUCUCAUUUUUGCAAAACUGAUACUGAUUCUUAAACAUUUUCAU